AUGGUCAACACUUGCACUUGCCAGAACGCUUGCCAGUCCUGCGGUCCUCAGGGCACAGGCUGCGCGUGCGCCAAAGGAACCUGCAACUGCAAGGAAUGCACGAACAAGGCUCACUCGCAGAACUGCUCCUGUGGAGGGUCUGGUAGCAACUGUUCCUGCGAGAAGCAGUCGAAAGCAUGUUCUUGUUGA